AUAUGGUGCUUCCUACAAAUGGGAAAUUCUUCCAUUCAGUUCAUGUUGUGACAGAUACAGAAAGAACAGUGCUGUGUUGCAGUAUAUAGGUCCUUUCAUACAGUACUGACUUGACAACCUCUAAAGGCAUUCGGGAUUUGCAGUGAGAAUAAUAACAUCAAUAAGGUAAAAUACGAAAUUAUUGUAGAAAUUAGCACCAAGUGGGAUGGUGAACCAUUAAAGACACGCAGGUGCAGCCGACUUGACCACAUGACAGACCAGCAUAGCCUUUUAUGUCUGGCUUUAGAUCUACACAAUGAGGAUGAUCUUGAAAUGCAUAGAAGUUUCUUCCUGGGUUCUAUUUUUUCUAAAUUGCUGUAAUGCUGUAGAAAUUCCAUAUUUUGUUGAACAGUUGCCAACAAUUACAAGUGUGAACCCGAAGACCCAGAUUGCCUUUCCUGAGGAUGAAGAAUUCCAAAUCAAGUGCAACGCAACAGGAAAUCCAUCCCCGACAUACCAAUGGACAAAAGAUGGAAAACCAUAUGAUCCAUUUACAGACCCCAAUGUACGGACAAAGAAUAAUUCAGGAACAUUCAUACUCCAUAAUGUUGCCAACAUAACCUCCUACAAUGGAACAUACCGCUGUGAUGCCUCCAACAAGCUGGGCACAGCCAUCUCUGAAAAGACUACUUUUCUUGUCCCUGGAAACACACCAUUCCCCAAAGAACAUAUCCCUCCUAUAACAGUGGAAGAGGGAGAAUAUGUUGUAUUACCGUGUGAUCCGCCUACUGGAAUUCCCCCAAUCAAGUUUCAUUGGAUGUCUGUUAAUUUGAUACAAAUUCCUCAGGAUUCACGUGUAUCUGUUGGACAGAAUGGAAACUUGUACUUUGCUAAUGUGAAAUUUUCAGACAGCACACAAGAUUACUAUUGCCAUGUAGCAUUUAACAGUAUCAGACGGAUCUACCAGAAGAUGCCCAUGAAGCUUAUUGUUUUACCCAGUGAAUCACCAAGGGAAAGAGCACCAAAAAUACUCACCCCUCAUGGAAAGCGAAGUUCUGUGACCGUCCUGACAGGGGACCUCCUAGAGCUGGAAUGCAUUGCAGAAGGACUGCCAACACCUACAAUUGCAUGGAUGAAGGGAAAAGAACCUUUUCCUGAAGAAAGAGCAAUUACUGAGAAUUAUGGAAAUAUUAUAAAGAUUCAGAAUGUUUCAGAGGCAGAUGAAGGAGUCUAUCAAUGUGUAGCUUACAAUAAGCUAGGCUCAGUGUAUCAUGAUUUCCAUGUACACAUAGAGGAACCUCCAAGAUGGAAUGAAAUACCAGAAAGCAGCGUGUUGAAUGUAGGCUCUAAAGUUGACUUGCGGUGCUCGGCCUUUGGAAAACCAGAACCAAACAUCACAUGGAAGAUAAAUGGGAAGACUUUGGAAUAUGGGGUCUUGCCCUCGAAUUACCAUAUAAAGGACAAAGAAAUCAGCAUUAGCAACCUGCAAGUGAUUGACAGUGGAGUGUACCAAUGCGAAGCAAGCAACGAUCAUGGGAUACUCCUCACCAGUGCCAACAUCCAUGUGCUAGAUAUCCCUCCAGUCAUACUCACCCCAGAUGAUAAAACAUAUAUCUCAGUACAAGGACAUGAUGUUUACUUGUACUGUGAUGUCUUUUCUUUCCCUCCUGCAAAUAUUAUGUGGAAUCGCGAUGAGAGUGUGCAACAGCUAAUUGGCGGUCGUUACAACAUGCUUGAAAAUGGCACUCUGCAGAUCAAAGAUACAAAGGAACAGGACGCUGGAACUUACACGUGUUGGGUGACAAAUGCACGAGGAAAGGCCGCCAUAACUGCAAACCUUGUACUUCGAGAGCCCACCAUAGUUUCUUUGUUGCCUGAAAAUCCACGGGUACAACGGUCACACAGAGUUACACUAACUUGCCCUAUUCAAUGUGAUGAACACCUGCUGCCCAGCUUGAUCAUCACUUGGAAAAAAGAUGGGCAGAUACUUACCAAAAGCAACCAGAGAAUACAUAUCAACUAUGACAGUUUAUGGAUCAGCGGCGUGACAAUGGAGGAUGAGGGUAUUUACAGUUGUAGUGGUGAAACCGCACUGGACAGCGUGACCGUUGAGACUCACCUGAGUGUGCAGGAUCUCCCAAGUCCCCCUGAACACCUACAAUUGUCUGAGAAGCUGGGAAAUAGUGUAUUGUUGUCUUGGACCCCAGGCAAUAACCACAACAGCCCAAUAACAGAAAUAAUCAUUCAAUCGCAGAAGAGCCGGCAUGAUCUUGGGGAUUGGGAGGAUAUUACAAGCGUUCCUGGAAAUGAGACUUCUGCACUCUUAACCCUUAUCCCUUAUCUACAUUACCGUUUCCGGGUGAUUGCUGUAAACAAAAUAGGAAAAAGUUCACCGAGUGAUCCAUCUGAGAGAUACAGCACCCCUCCCUCAGUUCCGGACAGGAACCCAGAGGUGGUUUAUUUAGAAAACACAAAACCAAAUGAACUGACUGUUAAAUGGGAGCCUCUUGGGCCAGAGGAGCAUAAUGGCCCCGGAAUGGAAUACAGAGUCAGCUGGCGUCACCAGGGCGUGGAGACCAACUGGCACCAUGAGAAAGUUAAGCAUCCUCAGUUCACCAUAAAGAACAUCCCAGCAUUUGCACCGUAUGAAAUUCGUAUCCAGGCUGUUAAUGAGAUGGGAGCUGGCCCUGAACCUUCGGUGCACACUGAGUACUCUGGAGAAGACACUCCUGAUGCUGCCCCGCAGGAUGUGCGUGUGGAAGUCUUAAACUCUUCAUUAACAAAGGUUACCUGGACUGGGAUUACUCAGGACAGAGUACGAGGACACCUCACGGGUUAUAAGCUAAUCUAUAAAAAAAACAGAAACCUUUUGGAUGGAAGAAAACACCACUCAGGGAGCUAUGUUUUAGUGUUUCCUGGACAGAAAACAUGGGGAUUAAUUCCAAAACUUGAUCCCUUUUGUGAAUAUCAGGUGUCUGUUGUAGCCUUCAACACCCAGGGAGACGGACCUGAAAGUACACCUGUUAUAUUCCACACAUCUGAAGGAGUGCCUGAACAGCCGCACUUCCUGCGAAUUAUGAACUCUGACCAGAAUUCGCUCACUCUCUCCUGGGGACCUCCAAGGAAGGUUAAUGGCAUUCUUACCCACUAUUUACUGCAGCACCAGAUAAUUAAUGACACUGAUGAAGUUGGAACCUUAAGAAUUAUCAACAUAACAAACCCAUCGACUGUCAACUGGAGAAUCCCUCACCUUCACGGUGCAACAAAGUACAAGUUCUACCUGAAGGCUUGCACAAGUAUGGGAUGUGGCAAAUCAGUGUCUGAGGAGGGACUGACUGUAACACAAGCAACGUAUGCCGUUGUAGCGCAUGAUAUCUCCACAAAAGGCUGGUUUAUUGGAUUGCUGUGUGCAGUAGCGCUACUCACACUUACAAUGCUCAUUGCUUGUUUUGUGCAGAAAAAUAAAGGUGGAAAAUAUGCAGUUAAAGAAAAAGAAGACUUACAGACAGAAAUUGAAGUGCAACCAGUGGAAGAUGAGAUCUUUGAUGAACAGUACAGUGAUAAAAAGCCAUUGAAUGGAAGCCAGGAAUCUUUCAGCACGGAUAUUAUUAAGGCCUGUGAAAGCAUGGACAGUCUUGCCCAAUAUAGUGAUGGAGACCAGCAAUUUAACGAGGACGGAUCUUUUAUUGGAGCAUAUAAUGAGGCAAAGGAAAAAAAUUACGUGGACAUAAACUCCACAACAAUAUAUUCUUUACAUUCGUAGUAAAUCCACGAAAUCUGCUAAGAAUCUGACUGUUCAUUAUCAUGACUACAAAACAUUAUUUUCUUGACAUUUGUUGUGUUAAACCCUGCUAUUAAUGCCAAAUAACAUAUGGCAAUGCUCAAUCACAUAACCAUGCAAGGAUGGUAAUCAUUCAAAUAAAAAAAACAUACUCACCAAGAACUUAUAAAUCGGAUUCGUGACCACAUCCAGUUUUGUAGGACACAAUCCGGUGCCGUAAACAGAAGGUUCAACAAAGUUAUAAAGAGUGCAACGGAUGUUUUUCAUCAUGCAGAAUAUCUACAUUUCAAAGUGGUUAAUUCAACAUCAGAGGUCAACUUUUUUUUACAUCUAAAUAUGUUUUUCAUUAUCUCCUGUUAAAUAAGUGGCUCUCAAUAUUUUUGUUUGACUGUCAGAGCAUGAGCUUGAUAAUUUUCAGUUUGAUUCACCACAGUCCUGCAGAGGGCUUGUUGAGCUAUCUGAGAAUUCAAGUCCAACUGUACCUACAGAUUUGCUUAAUGAAUUAUCAUGACCAUAUAUGGAUAUAACCAUUACAAUAUUUCCCAAGUUAAUGCCAUGAAUAUCAGCUAUAAGCUUCCUUGUGUAACACAAGUGUAUUUUGUGUUGUUCAAGCUAGUAAUUGACAGAUUUCUAGCACAUAUUGGUAUUGUCUGCUGCCUUGAAAUUCAUUUUGUUAUGCACGUCUUUUGCUUUUUUUUUUUGGCAUAAAUAAAUAAAACAUGAAGUGACCUGGAAAAAAA